CGCAGUACUGACGACACGCAUCUACAGCACAUGCCCUUGUCGACGAGGAUCGGCAUGCGGCUGCUUUUCCACGGCCUCGACCACGGGCGGUUCGUCAACUCGCGUCGGACCGAGCAGGUGCGUCGUCCCUCUCUCACGAGUCGAGCAGGGCGCAAGUUCGACGACCCGACACACGCCUGCGAGCGCAUCACGGCCUUCAUCCGCACCUACAACAUCGACUGCACGCAGCUGCGCGAACCCGACCUGCGCAACUACCCAACGAUGAACUCGUUCUUCACUCGCCGUCUCGAACGAGGCGCUCGGCCACCUGCCUCGCCUCGCGACCCGACCGUCGUCUCGUCCGCCGCCGACUGCCGCCUCACCGUCUUCUCGAGCGUCGCCGACGCCAAGCGCUUCUGGAUCAAGGGCAAGCACUUUACGCUCCCGGCGCUCCUGCAAGAUUCCGCACUCGCCGGGCAGCUGCACAACGGCGCCGUCGCCAUCUUUCGCCUCGCCGUCGAGGACUACCACCGGUUCCACAUGCCCGUCGACGCCGUCGUCGGCGAGUCGAGGAGUAUCUCGGGAACUUACUUUACGGUCAACUCGAUGGUCGUACGCGACAAGCACUUUGACGUCUUCACGGAGAACAAGCGCGACGUGACGACCCUGCACGCCCGGCACCCGCUCACGGGCGCAGCGCUCCCUGUCGCCUACGUUCAGGUCGGCGCGCUCCUCGUCGCGUCGAUCCGGCGCACGGCCCGCGAGGGCAAGACGCUCCAACGCUCGAACGAGCUGGGCUACUUUGCAUACGGCGGCAGCACGGUCGUGUGCGUGUUCCCGCAGGGCAGCGUCGAGUGGGACGAGGACCUCGUGCGCAACUCGGAG